AUGUCGUCGGAAUGCGAUAAAGGAAAGGUUGACGAGGAACUGCGCCGAGAUGACUUCAAUGAAGACCUCGCGCGUGGAGUCAUUCUCUGGAUGAAGGUAUGUUUGAAUCUUGCAGUCAUGCCUCGAUCCUGGAAAUAACUUUCAGCGGAUGACGGGUAUUCCUUUCUCCGAUAAGGGAACCAAGGAGUAUUUCACGCAUGUGAUGAGCGAUGGAGUCGUUUUCAGCUAGUGAGUUCACCAUUUCGAAGAAUCAAAAAACGGCCAGUUUUAGCCUGAUCCAUGAACUGGAGCCCGGAGCGAUCCCACGAGAGAACCCGCCGUUUGAGUUCAGCGCGAGAAAGAACAUCACUCAGUUUCUGGACUUUGUCAAGAAGCACUUGCCGGAGGAGUACCUCUUCAAGGUAAUUGUUUUACAGACAUGGACCUAGUAUUAGAGCAAUGAAAAUCCAUGGAAAUUCUUAGAUAGUUCGAGUUUGAUGGUCCAAUAAAAAAAAAUUUCUGGGGCUUUUUUCUCUGAACAUGGGCAAAAAAGAAAGGGCCCAUAGAAGAUCCAGAAAGUUAUGAAAUAUGAAUUUUUUGACUUUUUAACUUUCGAGAAUCGUUUUUUUUGACACCCGCCAAAAUAAGAAUGUGCUUCCAGGUCUCGGACUUGAAGGAAGGAGCCGACCCCACGCCGGUGUUGAUGUGCCUGAAGGAACUGGCGAUCCAGAGCGAGAAGCUCUUCAACGUCGCUGACAAGGAGCUUCUCAAAGACAUCCCGGCUCUCAAUAACUAA